UAUACGCGACGUGUUUUACCCCAGGGCCCCAGUUUUAGGUGAAUUCUGCGCCUGUGUACAAGUCCCGGUUGUGUAAGUGUUAGCGCGGACUUUUCAGUGACAUCUUCACGCUUACAGCACAGGAGGUUUAUCCGGUUCCUCUCCCAGAUAACAGUCAGGCGCUAAUGAUGGACCCACGGAAGGUAGACGAGCUGAAGGCCUUCGUGCACCUGUGUAAGGACAAUCCAGGUGUGCUGCACCUGCCCGAGAUGGACUUCUUCAGGACCUGGCUGCAUGGAUUGGGAGCGACUAUUCCCCCACUGGCUAAAACAUCAGGCUGUAAGGGAAGCUGUCCAUGUGAUGCAGCUCCACCACCUAAACCAUCCGCACCCCCUCAGGAAGAAGCAGCCCCACCCUCUGAGAGCGAGGAGAGUGAAUUAGAGAUUGAGGACGACGGAGUGAUUGAACCAGACACGGAUGAGGCUCAGGACAUGGGUGACUAUGAAAACCUCGAGGUAACUGAGGAGAUGAUGGACCAGGCCAGUGAGAAGAAGAUGGAAGCCAUUGAUGCACUGGGAGAGGGAGAGCUGCAGAAAGCUCUGGAUCUGUUCACUGAAGCCAUCAAGCUGAAUCCACGAUCAGCUAUACUCUAUGCCAAGAGAGCCAGCGUGUACAUCAAGAUGCAGAAGCCGAACGCUGCGAUUCGAGACUGUGACCGAGCGAUUGAUAUAAACCCAGAUUCAGCACAGCCGUAUAAGUGGAGAGGAAAAGCUCACAGGUUACUCGGUCACUGGGAGGAAUCAGCUAAAGAUUUGGCCACAGCCUGCAAACUGGAUUAUGAUGAAGAUGCCAGUGCCAUGUUGAAGGAGGUUCAGCCCAAAGCCAACAAGAUCCAGGAGCACCGGCGUAAAUAUGAGCGUAAACGAGAGGAGCGGGGGAUCAAAGAGAGGCAGGAACGAGUGAAGAAGGCGAGGGAGGAGCACGAGAGAGCACAGAGGGAGCAGGAAGCCAGGCAGCAGGCAGGAGGAGGACAAGGAGGAGCACAAGGAGGCUUCCCAGGUUCUGGAGGUUUUCCAGGUGGAAUGCCGUUCGGAAUGCCGGGUCUGCAGGAACUCUUUAACGACCCUGAGGUGCUCAUGGCCAUGAAGGACCCUGAAGUGAUGGCAGCCUUCCAGGACGUGGCUCAGAACCCGGCCAACAUCUCCAAGUACCAGAGCAACCCGAAGAUCAUGGCGCUCAUCAACAAACUGAGCUCCAAAUUCAGUGGCCCUCAGGCCUAGGCGACUGAACGCAGUGUGUAAUGAGGUCAACGCUCUAAAAUAGCACACUUUCUCUUUUAAUUACGACUUAUUUCUUCCUCUGCACAAACACAUGAAGACUGGAUAGAGGUGAGAUACAUGUGCAGUAAAUGUUGUUUAAUUUACACGCUAGAUUCUGGGGCUAUUUAACACCAUUGUGAAGGGAACAGCCGAUCAGUAUACACAGGUAAAAAAAGGGGUGUGGUCUCAGCUGAAACCUUCCUGAAUCACACCGUACACACAACUGGGCUGUGAUUGGUGUUUGCCUCGGUCCAGUUACUGCCUCUUAUACUGAACCCCAAUUAAUUUGGUCUGAGUAACGUUUUAACCCCGAGUGUGUAACAAUCUGCUCUUUACUGCACUUAACACAAACUGAGCUGGAGAACAUUUAAGAGCUUAAACAGUUCAACUGAAUCAUUCCAUCCAGUCAGGUCUUUACAUUAAAAUGGUUUUCUGGCCAAAAAGAAAUAAACAUCAAACGGAAAAGUUUAGUUUUUACCCCUUUAGAGGAGUAUUUGUGUCUCUGAAAGAUGAUUUCAGUCAAUAAAGGCUUUGGUUGUUGCA